GGAGGAGAUUGGUGACUGCUUUUUCCAUCCGCCUAUGACGUGUGUCAUCCAUUGCCAUAGCAACCGUUUGUUUCGUUACACUUUAAAUCGAGCUAGAGGUAGGAAACGUCAAAACCAAUCCGGAACAAGUAAUGGAUCACCAGUGGAGAACGAUGUCUGUCCCGCAUCACGGUCCCCGACAAGAUGCUGUACAGAACUUAGUGAAUGCGGAGGUUAUACGGGACCACUCUGAGCUCUUCAGGGCAGAAUGCUCAAGGCUGAUCAUGGAAACUGACAAAGCAUGCAAACACUUGCAAAAUGUUGACAACAAGCAACUAGAUCAGCGGGUCAGAGACAUCCAGUUUCUGAAGAAGGAGUUGGAGCUGAAGCUGGAAGAGAUUAUUGUGGAGACUGACGACCUCACAGCAUUGCAGAGCAGAGUGGUGAAAGCCCUGGAGGCCGGCAAAGAGCCUCUGAGGGUCACCGUUCUCUGCCUGGAGGAGAGAAUGAAACGUCGCCCAUCUGAGAGGCUGCAUGAUGAGGUGGACAGAGAGCUGCUGAAGGAGAGGGAGGUUUUUGAGGCAGUGGCUUCCCUUCUGAAGAGCGUAGUAGAGCAGAUCACUGAGCAGAUCCGAUUGAACCGAUGUGCUAAGUACCUGCUAGAGCAAGAUCUGAAGGAGAAAUCUGGGGCUCAGUCCAUCGACAACUCCUGUGCCUUAAUGGCCCUCCAUUCCAUCAACAACACGCAGUCCAAAAACACCAAAACUCUUCAGCCGAGUGUUUUGAGGCCUUUCUCUCUCAGCUUGGCAGUGACUCCAAAGCAGUGGGAGAACAUCUCAGACGUCAACAUAGCUAAAGCGGAGCAGCAGAAGACCAACUCUCAGUCCCUACGGGCCCUGGUAGAGUCUCUCAUGGAGCAGACUGCUGCUGACAUGCAGAAGCAGUUCCAGGCAACAACAGCAGUCUUUCAGAUGAACAUCCAGGAGAUCAAAUCUGCCAAGAGCCAGAUGGAGGAUCAACUGGCCAAGAUGCUGCCUGAGUGUGCCAGCCUGCAGAGGAGCCGAGAAGACCUCCAUGUAGCCAUCAAGGAGACCGAAUGUGCUCGGAGUUUGACUGAGGCCCGGGUGGCUUUACGUGGCCAGAGGCCUGCCAAAGAGCAAUGCUACGAUGCAGCACAGUCCCAGCUCCUUGCAGAGGUCCAGCAACUCACCGCUCACAUCAGCAAACUACGUGAGGCAGUGGACCAGUCAGAGGAAGAGCUCAGGGCUCUGAUUCGCUCUCAGCUGGAGUUGCAGGAAAACAUUGAGAACAAGGCCAACUCUCUCUACAUUGACGAGGUCAUCUGCACCCAGCACAGGGAGCCUAUUAUCAUACGUAACUUCUGAUCAGUCAGUAACAGGAAAUGUCUUUAUGUACCUACUUUUUCUUUGCAUGUACAGUUAUACAAAAUUCCCCUCAAAAUAUAUGUACAGACUUCUAACGUCUUCACUGUGCGAGCUGUGUGCUACCGUCUAACACUGGUUUCAGUCCUUGUUUUGUCUGAUCUCCUUAUGAAGAGCUAACAUUUAACCCAAUAAACAAAGCCCUUGAAUCAUAUUUCAUGCAAAAA